CCGGCGAAAUACUGAAGACACUUUAGCUCAUGGCUGUUGACUUUACCCCAGAUCAUAAGUAGUGUCGCCCUAUCAUAUAGGUCAGUAAAACCACGCCGACUUGACUGUUUAUCGGAUGGGUAUGGCGUAAAGGUUGGUUUCUAGCAGAGUAUUACAUGAGUAGUUUAGUUGGAAAAUUGUGUUUUGCGCUAUUUUAGCCAUGACACUGCCGGCUUUACAAAACACAAGUGUGUUUUAUCGGCGAAUUCUGUCACAGUUUCCCCAAGACAUUAGCUUGGCUUUUGCAUAUGGAUCUGGUGUAUUUAAGCAAUCUGGAACGACCCAAGGUCAGAUGGGGAAAAACAUGGUGGACUUUGUGUUUGCUGUAGAUGACCCGGUCACUUGGCACACAAUGAACUUGAUAGAAAACAGGAAACAUUACUCUUUCCUUAAAUACCUGGGGCCCAAGCAGAUCAGCAACAUUCAGAAUGAGCAUGGUGCUGGAGUGUACUUCAAUACCUUAAUACCAGCUGAUGGAAGGUUGAUCAAAUAUGGUGUCAUAAGCACAGAUACCUUGGUUGAUGACUUACUUCACUGGAAGACCUUGUACAUUGCUGGCAGAUUGCACAAACCAGUGCGCAUCCUCCUGCAGAGUGAUAACGGGAAACUGAGGGCUGCUUUAGUCGGGAACCUGAAGAGCGCAGUCACAGCGUCGUUCCUCAUGCUUCCAGAGAGCUUCUCUGAGGAGGAUCUCUUCCUCCAAAUCGCAGGGCUCUCCUACUCUGGGGAUUUUAGGAUGGUGAUUGGUGAGGACAAAUCCAAGGUUUCCAACAUAGUCAAGGACAACCUGCAGCACUUCCGUUCAUUAUACAACAGUAUUCUCCAAGAGUGCCCACAGGUGGUAUACAAGCCACAACAAGGAAAGUUAGAGGUUGACAAAAGCCCAGAGGGUCAGUUUACUCAGCUGAUGGCUCUACCCAGAACUCUACAGCAGCAGAUCACACGGCUGGUGGAUCCCCCCGGAAAGAACCGGGAUGUGGAGGAGAUAUUACUGCAGGUUGCCCAGGACCCUGACUGUGGCUCAGUCGUACAGCAAGGUAUUUCAGCAAUAGUGAAAAGCUCUAGCAUAUCACAGAGCGCUAAGGGGAUUGUCACUGCUGGAAUGGUGAAAACUGUCUCCUAUAGUACAAAGAAGCUUCUGAAAAUGUGGAGAGGCUGGAGAAGAAAGCCGUCCUGAUCUGUUUUCUUUGUCUGCUUUGAUUAACUCUGCUUUUUGAACAAACAUUUUCCUUGUUGGUACACAAUGUCUUCCCUGGUCUUUCUCAAUGUUUGUUUGAAACAUGCACCUCUACACUCAAACCACGUGAGGUGCCCACUCUCAAGCUAACCGAAAGCACACCAGUGUUACCAUAUUACCAGUAGAGUUACUGCUGGAAAUAGGGUACAUAUUCCACCUCUGUUUGUGGUAAUGACUAAAAUAUUUUAAGUGUUGAUCUUAAAAAGUUAGAAAUGUUCAUUCCACAUGUCAAAUCCAAAGCUUGAGCCUCACAAAAUGGCAAACUGGUCACAUCUCCUCCACACUAAAGGGUUUGUGUGAUAAGAGUUGUGUUGUGCAUCUGAU